AUGAAGCCGCUCAGGCUGGUGUUCAUGGGAACGCCGGCCUAUGCGGUUCCUACUCUCGACGCGCUCUGCGCGAGCGGCCAUUCCAUCGCCGCUGUCUACACCCAGCCGCCGCGCGCGGCGGAGCGCGGCCGCAAGGUGCGGCCGACGCCGGUGGCGGUGCGCGCCGAGGCUGCGGGGUUUCCGGUCAGGACUCCGCCGAGCCUGAAGCGCGAGGAGGCGCAGACGGCGUUCGCGGCGCUGGGUGCGGACCUCGCGGUCACGGUCGCCUACGGCCUGAUCCUGCCGCCGGCCGUGCUUGCCGCGCCGAGGCUCGGCUGCAUCAAUGCCCAUGCUUCGCUGCUGCCGCGCUGGCGGGGCGCCGCGCCGAUCCAGCGUGCGAUCAUGGCGGGCGAUACGGAGACGGGCGUCACCAUCAUGCGAAUGGACGAGGGCCUCGAUACCGGCCCCAUCCUAGCGGCGGAGGCGGUGCCCAUCGGGCCUGAGACCACCGGCGGCGCGCUGCACGACAUGCUUGCCGCGCUCUCCGCCCGGCUGGUCGUGGACGCAAUCGACGCCCUUGCGGCGGGAACGCUCGCGGAGACGCCGCAGCCCAGCGGACGGCGCGACCUACGCGGCUAA